UGGCCGACAUGGCUGAAGUACUACAGGCGAGAGAAGCACGACUUCUGGAGCUCAGUAAACAAAAUAUGGACCUGGAGGAGACAGGGAACAUACUCAGGGCACAACUACAUCAGGCUGAGCAGGCUCACGAGGCAGAAAUGACAGACAUCAACAGUUUGACAGAAGAGUUCACAGAGAGGAUUGCAACUACAGAAAAGAAACUCCAGGGAGUCAUGAAAGAAAAGGAGACCCUGAGUAGACAGUUAAAAUCCAAAGAAGAAGAACUUUGUCGAAGGGUGAAUGACAAGCAGAUGGCACAGUUACUACAAGAAAAGGAUGAACAGAUAGAGGCACUGAUGGAAGAAGGCCAGAAGUUGUCCAAGCAGCAGCUGCAGAGUUCCAACAUCAUCAAGAAACUCCGGGCCAAGGAGAAGGAGAGCGACGGGGUCAUAAAGUCUCAGAAAGAAAGACUGGACAAGUUGCAGGAAAAUGUAGAUCACCUCACGCAUGUCCUUGAUGCCAAGGAAGACAUUGAUAAGCAACAAAAAGAUGCCAUCAAAAAGUUGAACUCAGCCCUGGAGAAGCAAACAAAAGAAUUGACAAUAGCCAAGAGUGAGCUUGAAGAGGCCCAGGACAGAGUACGCAGUAUGCAGUCUGCACUGGACAGUUCUUACAAGGAGAUCGGUGAGCUGCACAAGGCCAGUGCUGCCAGGAACAGCCAGAUGCAGGACAUGACCUUGAGCGCACAGCUGCAGGCUAAGGAGGAGCUGCGACUGGCGCUGGAACAGGAGCAGGAGAGGGCCAGCCGAGGGCACGAGAAACUGCUGCAGCAGGUAGAAGACCUGCGCCUGAGUCUGCAGCGAGCAGAGACGCAGCAGAGCAGACAGGAGGACCUUUUGCGGCAGGAGAUCAGCGACAUGCAGCAGAGACUGCAGCAGGCUGAUGCUCGUAACCAGGAGCUCAGCCAGUCUGUCACCGCUGCUACCAGACCCUUACUGAGACAGAUAGAAAACCUACAGUCUAACUUCUCUGCACAGACAUCUACUUGGGAAAAAGUGGAGAAGAACCUUACAGAGAGACUUGCGGAGUCCCAGAGUCAGUUGGCAGAGGCGUCAGAGAAAGAGCGUAUGGCGACGGAAACCAUGAUGGAGACCAGAGCUCGGCUGACGUCGCUGGAGUCCAAGUGCGCCCUGCUCAGGCAGGAGAAGUCUCGUCUGCUCGCAGAGAUCAAGAUGGAGAGGGCAAAGGUCAACAACAUGGAGGACGCCAGGCACAGAGAACAAGCUCAACUCGAGGCACUUCAGAAAACAUCAGAGAAACAGAAAGAAGAUUGGACCAAAGAGAAGCUUCUUCUGGAGAACCAACUUGAGAUGGAGCGUUUGAGAGUCGAUACAGAGAAGAAGAAGACAGUUUUGGCUCAGGAGCAGGCACAGAGGGACAGGGAGUUAUUGCAGAAAGAAAGGGACAGACAGUGGUCAAAGAUAGAACACGGUUCCCGCUCACAUUCACGCUCCAGCUCUGUCAGCGAUACUUCACAGAAUUCAUCCUUCUUCCAGCCCAUCCAGGGGGACACCAGUGAUACAGGCUACAGCCCUCUGUCACCCAUGACUAACAGCACAUCAGGGAGUCUGCUGGACAGCAUGCGGUCUGCCUCUACUUCAACACUGUUUGAGGGGCUUCAGUCCACACUGAAGAUGAGAGAAGGAGAAAUCGCUCAACUACAGGAGGAGAUAGUGAGGUUAGAACGUCAGCGCGCUGCCAUGGCGGAGGAGCUGGUGUCCCUGUCCUCACAGAACCAGGACCUUCUCACACAGGUGGAGCAGGUCCCCUCACUCACAGACAAGAACAAGAACCUGGAACAGAGGUACAACGCCAUGCUGCAGAUGUAUGGAGAGAAGGCAGAAGAGGCAGAUGAACUGAAAAUGGACCUGGAAGACAUCAAGGCAAUGUACAAACAACAGAUAAGUGAUCUCCUCAACAAGGUGACAUGAUGAAGAUGCAAUAUAGACAUUAGGAGACUUUUAUGGACUAUUCUGUGGUGAAGUGUGGGGAGUGAGCUAGCCAAGAUGUGCUGCAGGGACCUUCAAGGCUUCCAAAACGUCUUGUAGAACAAGCCUGAGAUUACCAGAAAGUUAUGCUCAAGUGCUGAAUUCCAGCAUGAGGUUUAGUAAUCUAGGAUUUAGGUUAGAAUUAUAAUGGUAAAGCUGGAUGUUCAAUAAAUCUACAUCCUGGUCUUGGUUGUUCUACAUUACUCUCACUGGUAUUCAUCCUUCUAGCACUGGUUGGCUCCUUUGAUGCUUUGAUCCUAUAUUUGAUCUUUACAAAAUAUGUAGUACUAGCACAUAGUCAUUUG